UAAUUCAAGUCGUCUUCAAAAUCGUAGAAAAAGAAAAACAUCUGUUUUAUUAAAAAUCUCUAAAGGAAAAAAAUCAAAAUCAAAAAAAUCAAAAAUAGUAACAAUAUUGAGAACUAGUUUUGUUUGGAAUUUUUUCAUAACUGAUCAUGAUACAGAAACAUAUGUUGUUUAUGCAAUUUGUCAAAUAAUAGAUUGUACACGCAAAUAUGCCUAUCAUGGUUCUACAACUAAUCUUUCGGAUGGUACAGAUGUUGCAGGAAUUGAUUAUACAAAAUAUCUUCGUGAUGAUCAUCAUAUUACUGAAGCUUUAUUAUCUUCAAAAACUCCAGAAGAAAUAAGCAAUCUAAAACAAUCAAAAAAACAACAAUCUAUUGAUGAACUUCUAUUAAGACCUCUUAGUUCAAGAAGACAAAAAUUAUUAAAUCAAGAUCUUGUGAAAUUUAUAGUAGGAACAAGAUAA